AUGGAAGAAGCAGACUCCCCAUCUGGUGUGGACAGACUUCCCCAGAGAGAUGUCCUGAUGGGAAGCAGCAGCUUCUGUCCCAGAUUGGAGCCCCCCACAGGCUCUAGGGACAAAUGGAACAAGAAAAUGGAUUUUCUCCUGUCGGUCAUUGGAUUUGCUGUUGACUUGGGCAAUGUCUGGAGAUUCCCUUAUAUCUGUUACCAGAAUGGGGGCGGUGCCUUCCUCAUCCCCUAUGCACUGAUGGCUGUGUUUGGGGGGAUUCCCCUCUUCUACAUGGAGUUGGCCCUGGGGCAAUACCAUCAUAUGGGAGUCAUCCCCAUCUGGAAGCACAUCUGUCCUAUCUUCAAAGGGAUUGGGUAUGCUGUCUGCAUCAUCGACCUCUAUGUAGCCUUUUAUUACAACACCAUCAUCGCCUGGGCCCUCUACUACUUCUACUCCUCGAUGGACAGCUCACUGCCCUGGACCCACUGCCACAAUCCCUGGAACACCCCAAACUGUACCAACUACUUUGAUGACAGUAACGUCACCUGGAGCGACUUCUCUCACUCACCUGCAGAGGAGUUUUACAUGCGGAGGGUCCUAGAGAUUGAGAAGUCAGGUGGCCUGCAGGACCCAGGAGGCAUCCGGUGGCAGCUUCUGCUGUGCCUCUUCCUCAUCUUCACAACUGUCUACUUCAGCCUGUGGAAAGGAGUGAAGACUUCUGGGAAGGUGGUGUGGAUCACUGCCAUCUUCCCCUACCUGGUGCUCUUCAUCCUCCUGAUCCGAGGAGCCACCUUACCUGGAGCCUGGAAAGGCAUCAUCUUCUACCUCCAGCCCAACUGGGAGAAACUGCUGAGCAUAUCAGUCUGGGUCGAUGCCGCAGCUCAGAUCUUUUUUUCUCUGGGUCCUGGAUUCGGAGUCCUGCUUGCUCUGUCCAGUUACAACCAGAUUAACAACAACUGCUUCAGGGAUGCGCUUGUUACCAGCAUGGUGAACUGUCUUUCCAGCUUCCUCUCUGGGUUUGUCAUCUUCACCGUCUUGGGCUACAUGGCUGAGAUGAGGGACAUCGAGGUAGAAGAGGUGGCAAAGGACAAAGGUCCCAGCCUCCUCUUCAUCACUUACCCUGAAGCCAUCGCCAACAUGGUGGGAUCCACGUUCUUCUCCAUUGUGUUCUUCCUCAUGAUGAUCACCUUGGGAUUAGACAGCACUUUUGGGGGCCUGGAGGCUGUCAUCACAGCUCUCAUAGAUGAAUAUCCACAGACCCUCACCCAAAGGAGGGAGCUCUUGGUCCUGGGCCUGGUGGCUGUCUGCUUUCUGGGCUCACUUGCCACGCUGACUCAAGGAGGUGCAUAUGUGAUCAAGCUCCUGGAAGAAUUUGGUGCUAACUGCUCCAUCCUGGCUGUGGUGUUCUUGGAGGCAAUUGCUGUUUCUUGGUUUUAUGGAAUCCAGCAAUUCUGUCAUGAUGUGAAGGUCAUGCUUGGCUUCAGCCCAGGCCUGUUCUGGAGGAUAUGCUGGGUAGCCAUCAGCCCUGCCUUCUUAGCGUUUAUAAUCAUCAGCUCCCUCCUGGACCAGUCUCCUCUUGUGCUGUUUAACUACCACUAUCCAGACUGGAGCAUCUCCAUUGGACAUCUGAUUGGCGCUUCAUCGUGUGUCUGUAUCCCCAUCUACAUGGUCUACAAACUUAUCUGGACACCUGGGUCUCUCAAGCAGCGCCUGGAAGUUUGUCUGAGACCGGAGAAGAAGCCAAGUCAAGGGCAGCCACCUGAUUCCAUCCACCUGCAUCCUGGACCUUAG